UUAACCUCUCCCGCAUUGUUCAACCUGUACAUGAACGGGCUGAUUGAGGCGCUCAGCAGGCAGCAUGCCGGUUGUCAGGUGGACGGAGUGUGCGUAAAUAAUUUAAGCUACGCCGACGACAUGGUCCUGCUGAGCGCGUCAGUUUGCGGUCUUAGGCGGCUGUUACGAACAUGUGAGGAGUACGCUUUCAGUCAUGGGUUGAAAUAUAACGUGAAUAAAAGUAAAUUCAUGGUAUUUGAGACCGGCAAUAACAAACUGUCCAAUAUACCACCUGUUCUGCUUGGCGGGACUCGUUUGGAGCGUGUAUAUAGUUUUAAGUAUCUUGGGCACGUAGUUACGGCAGAUCUCAAAGAUGAUGAAGACAUGGAGCGGGAGCGGAGGGCGUUGUGUGUGAGGGCGAACAUGUUGGCUCGCAGGUUCGCGCGGUGCUCUAGCGGCGUAAAGUUAACUUUAUUCAAAGCAUACUGCACGUCGCUGUACACUUGUAACCUGUGGGCUAACUACACGCAGAAAGCGUACAACGCACUCCGCGUCCAAUAUAACAACGCCUUCAGGGCGGUGAUGGGGCUGCCUCGCUACUGCAGUGCGUCGGGCAUGUUUGCGGAGGCUCGAACGCCAUGCUUUCAUGCCACCAUGCGCGUGCGCGCAGCAUCUAUGGUACAGCGGGUGCGGAGCAGCUCCAACGCCGUCCUGGCGAUGAUCGCGGCCAGACUGGACUGUCCCUAUAUAAAGCACUGCUGCGACAGGCAUGUAAAAACUGGAAUAGGCUAGAUUUGUAGAUAAAUAGUUGUUAGUUAUGUUAGAAAUAGGUUAAUUAUUAUAUUAGGAAUUAUUAUUAUUUUAAAUCUGUACUCUAUGAGCAAUUGUGCUUGAAAUAAAUGCAUUU